CGUUAGAGGAAGCAUGUUCGCCGUUGCUGUCGUAGGCGUCUGUUGGACACAUGCUUAAAUUUGUCUGUCUGUGAGAGAUAAGCGGCAAGUGAAAACAGUAAUUUAGAUAUGCACGUAUCCAGCACAACGUGUCAGUUGAACGUCGUCGCUGGUGGAAUUCUUACCGCAUACGCAUCAAAUUGCGCGUGCUUCAAGUGAAUUCGUAGCAUGCAAAAUGCUAUAUUUGCGGACAAGCUUAAUAUAAUGUUGACACCAGCGAAUUCGAUGGGAAUACAAGAAACGUGAUCACGAUACGCACUUAUACACUCACACAGACACACACACAACUGCAUAUAUUAAUAUUUAUGUGUGUGUGUGUUUGCAAUUUAGUCAAGUGCAAUCGGAUAAUUAAUGCUUAAGCUAGCUCUUUGCUCGAAUGAAUCAACACUUAUUAAAAUCAAGUGUGUGAAGAUUGGGUGAAAUUGUGAACAGUGCAAAAGUCAAAUUUGCGUUUAAUGCAUUGCUUAUAGCCACAAAUUAGAGCAACAAAGCAAACGAGCCAAAAUGAAGGCCAGCAUCGAUAAGGAAUUGCUGCCGAUGAAGGCGCAUUACUUUCUCUUUAAUGCCGGCACCGCACCCGUUGUACCCUUUAUGCCACAACUGGCACAACAGCUCGGCUAUUCCCCGGUUGUUGUGGGCACCAUUUACAUGAUACUGCCCAUCAUUGGUUUGCUGGCCAAGCCAAUAUUUGGCUAUAUUGCCGAUCGCUAUCAUAAGCAUCGAUUCCUCUUUCUGGCCGGUCAACUGCUGACCGCCGUUGCCUUUUUCCUGAUCAUGUUUGUGCCCUCUGUGGAGAAGCCACAACUCAAAUGUCACGACGGCUUUACGAACAUCCAAUACUGCACAGGGGGGAAUGCAUCGGACACGAAGACACAAGUGGAGACGCAUCGGACGCUGGGCUGCAACAUGCACUGCCAAAUGGAGCAAACAAUGUGGGACAUUGUGUGCCAGUAUUGGCUAAAGAACACAACGAGCAACUGCAUAACAACAAGAGAAAUCCUUGAGAGUGGCAAUUGUCUGCACUUUAUGAUACCACAAAAUCUGGGCACGCAGGACGCACAAAAUGUGUCCAUGUAUUGUCCGCAGAGCAAGGAGAUGUACAAGCCCAGUCAGGAGGUGUAUCUGAAAGAAAUACCAACAGUGAUCAACACUAGCUCCGCAAUGGCCAUGCCCGAAUUCUGGUUCUUCUUUAGCCUCCUCAUCGUCAGCUGGGUAGGCAUGGCUGUGGUCGUCAGCAUUGGCGAUGCCAUUUGUUUUGGCAUCCUCGGCGAUCGUCAUCAUUUAUAUGGCAGGCAGAGAUUGUGUGGCUCCCUGGGUUGGGGCAUCUUUGCGCUGGUUGCUGGACUCCUCGUGGACACCAUGUCCAAUGAGGGCAGCUCGGACAAGAAUUAUACGAUUGUCUUCUGGAUGACUCUCGUUAUACUCGGCUUCGAUAUGCUCGCCUCCACCAAGCUAAAGCACACACAGACGCACAUGUCGGCGAAUAUACUGAAGGAUGUGGGUCAGAUGUUUCUAUCGAUGCGUUGCGUUGUCUUCUUUCUCUGGUGCGUGGCGAUUGGAUUGGGAACGGCUCUGAUUUGGAAUUUCCUCUUCAUCUAUUUGGAGGAGCUAGCCGAGCUCUAUGACAAUGGCAACGAUUACAUUAAAACGCUGGAGGGAUUGGUGAUGAGCAUUCAGUGCUUUGGCGGUGAACUGCCAUUUUUCUUCAUGUCCGGCUGGAUAUUGAAGCGGAUCGGGCAUGUGAAUGCGAUGAGUCUGGUGCUCUUUGGAUUCGGUGUGCGUUUCAUUUUGUACUCGAUGCUGCAGAAUCCGUGGUAUAUACUCCCCAUUGAGCUGCUGAAUGGCGUCACCUUUGGCCUCUUCUAUGCAACGAUGGCCUCGUAUGCCAGCAUCGUGGCACCACCGGGCACCGAGGCCACCAUGCAGAGUCUGGUGGGUGCCAUCUUUGAGGGCGUUGGCGUCUCCAUGGGCAGCCAAAUCGGUGGGCAACUGUUUGUUGCCGUCAGUGCUCGGACCACGUUUGAGAUCUUUGGCAUUGGUGCGUUCAUUGCGUUCAUUAUCCACGUCUGCCUCCAAAUGUAUCUGCAGCGCAAUGGUCCACCUGAAAAUGGCACUGUCAAAUAUUUUGCACCGACAGAUGCAAUGCACAUGCUGAAUGAACCGGAAUAUACAAGUAGUAUUAGCUAAGCUGCCUGCCUAUUCUUCUUUCUCUUCUUCUUGCUCUGUGAUCUACCGAUAUAUAUUUAUAUAUAUACCAUAUAUAUAUCCUUUGUCAGCGAUUAACCAACACUUCUCAACCAAGAACAACACGAAAAAGCAACAGCAACAACAAAAACAACGGCAAAUUUAAUAACUUUUCUUAAUUGUAUUUAUAAUGUUUAUAACUAGUUGUACUUUACACACACACGCACACACAAUACACGCACACACAACACACACACACACCACACACAGUUAUUUUAGUGCAUGUUCGCAUACUUAUUCCAUGGAUAUGCUAAGUUUAUGCGUAUAAUAAUCGUGAUAUCUCUUUGUAGUCAUACAUUUAACAAAUAUCUCUCGAAAUUUCAAAAAACUUAUCACAUUAUCACGUUCAGUCAGCGCAUAAACGUAGUAAAUUGCAAAAAUUUGUUAAACUUAACUUGGCAUGUGUUAAAAAUUGUAUUAAUAACUUUGUAAUUGUCACGUGGAAUGUUUAAAUGUUUAGAGCUCAUUUUUGUUAAAUUUCAACUGCAUGUGGCUUAAUUUCAAUAUUAUACAUAUAUUCUGUGAAAUCUCAAAAGUAUUUACCAAAUUAUACAAAAAAUAUAUGAGAAAAAAUAGAAAAACAAAUCUUGAUUGUAGAUAUUGAGUAAGUGUAAAAUGUUAUACAAUAUUUAUUUAGUUGAUGUAGUCGAUUCCCGCCUUUUGUUUUAGUUAUAAUACUAUUUAGUUAAUUAUAGUAGACAACUAAUGCGACUGGCUGCCGAUGAGCGACUCUUCUUGUUGCUGUUUGUCGAGUUUUCGCUGAAAAUCACGUUGCUUGCAGCUGGCAACAUUUGCGGCUCGUUUCUGUAAUUACAGAAUUAGAGAUAAAAAUAUAAAUACAAAUAAAAAAAAACAGUUUAUGAUUAUGUUUAUACUUUUAUGCUUUUAUACAAUGCAAUAAAGUUACGUUUUUUUCUUUCUUUCA